UGCAGUUAACCUUUUAAAAAAUGGCUGGCUAUGUCGUAGCAUAAGUUGUCAGGGAAACAAUUAAACCUACACCCGGAAUUGUUACUUUUUAAGUUUAUAAAACCCGGAAAGAAAUAUAAAAGGCGCUUCUUAUGGGGGUUAAAAACAUAUUUUCAAUAUGCCGGGAAAAUUGGCUACCAUGCUGGAUAACUUGGAUCACUUUGUUGAAGUCCUUACGCUUGCACAAAGCAUACAAGUGAAGGAUUUGGAUAUCUUGAGUGUUAAGAGAGCAUUUGAAUGGUCUACUUACUUCCGACAUGUCUACCAUCGCUUUGAAUCUAAUGAGACCGUUAGACAUGCAAUUGAAAACCAUCUUUUGGAAAAAAAUAAAGAACUGAAUUCAUACAUAAAGAGUUAUAAAUUCAUUAUGUUUAAGGACCUUGAGAAGAGUGAGGAGAUUCUCUACAUGUCUCUUCUCCAAAACAAAGGAAUUCCUAAUGAUAUCCUUAAGUAUCUGGUGACACAGUUUACAGACGCUACUUCUCAGGAUUCCAAACUUCAUGGUGUGAACCGAGUUGUAACACAGAAAGCAGCUUGUCAGCUGUUGCUUUCUCUAACAUCUGUUGAUCCUGUUAACAUUCAAAACUCUUUAGACAACCCUAUAGUUCUCACUCAGACUGAGAUGUUGAGGAGCACCUUAGAAGAGAGAAUCAAGACUUUAGAAGAAAAUCAACAACUUGCUGCUCUUUCAGAUAUUCUUUCAGCGAUUCCCCAACCUCAAGGGUAUUAUCUCUUGUUGGCCAUGCUUGAUAGCAAAGAAUCAGACAAAUAUGGAUGGUUGUCUCAUUUAAUCUUGGACUGGUUGUUGGAUGAUUCUGCUAGAUGUUCUGGUUUCUGUAGCAAUAUUAGCCCUCCGGUUUUAUCUAGACUGGCUUCAAGGUAUCCUCAAUUGGUGCAGGCUUACUUAGACAUUUUAACAAAUUGGGGUGCAAGCAUGGAAAUGGAUUUUGCUCAUGGGAUGUGGGUUAGUCCAAUUCCUUCUUUGUCUUUCAGUGUUCUCCUGGAUCACUUUCAAUGUCUUUUGCUGGGUCCUAAAGAUCUCAAAACAGCUACAGACACUACUCUAAAGAGGUUAAAACACGAGGAUGGUGAUUACAAUGUUCCUGGUCUUAGUAUAUGGACAGACUUGUUACUUGAAUUAAAGAAAAUCUAAUCUCUUUUGUAUUCCAUCUAGUAAUUUGAUUGUAUUUCUAACAUAUUUCAGCAUGAUAUAAAUGAGAUGUAUUGUAAUUUUGCUGAAUCCAAUUGAUUAAAACUGAGAAUGUUGUAACCAAA